AUGGAGAGCGAGCUUUAUAAGGUUUGGGAGAAGGAGGUGAUGGAGGCCUUCGAUCGGCUACUCAAGAACGACAACACCAACAGAUCGGUUAUCAACGAUGGUUUCCUUAUGAACAUCCCUGGUAUACGCAAGGCAACUGUAGAGCACAUCCUACAGCAUUUGAGUGUUUUCCUAGAGGACAUCCUCCAGCGGAAGGAUAGCCUUACCAAGGAUCUCAUACAGGAUCUGAGAGCC